AUAAUUUACCAUAAUGUUAGGUAGGUCUCCCUGUGGACUCUGAUAAUAUCAGCAUUUUUUAAAUUUUUGGAAUAAUAUUUAAUAAUCAAUUAUGGGAGCAAAUUGUGUGAAGCGGCAACGUACGCCGGUUCGUAAUAUUCGACAACGCACAAGCGUCGAGGAAAACAAUGAGGAACCAUUCAUUCUCGUUCUGAAUGAGCGAUCACCAAAUCCGAGCAGCUCAUCUGGGACUUCGUUUCCGUUUCUACGACGACGUUCGGUGAAUGAGGACUCCCGGCAGUUGUGGUACACUCGCCACACUUUGAGUGAAAACGAUAUCGAUAAACAUGUUCUGGAAACACUUCGAAUUUUGAGAGUGUCUGCAGAGAAUGAUACAAAUUUAAUAAUAAGAAUGAGAAUGUUCCGGUCAUGGGCGAACGGUGAAAAAGGAUGGAAAAUGAUUCUGAACUCACUCAUCCGUGCGAUUCCGCUAGAAGAUCCGCUUGGCCCAUCAGCGAUAACAUUAUUCAUUGACCAUUGUCCGUUGCCAACUAAAAAAGCAGUUUCAAAUUUUAUAUCGGAGUUACACUUAUCAAGAGAUUUAAAUAAACAAGAACACGGCGUGAAGACGGAAUCGAGGCAUCGAAACAUUUGCGCAGUUUUGGGACAUUUAGCUGAAAGUCUGGCAUCCCCGUUUAGCAAGUUAAUGCUCACUGAUGAAAUACUGGAAUAUCUUUUAAGCGCGGUAAAUGCUGAAAGUUGCGUCUCAGACACGAGUUCCACAAAUAUUCUUUUCUCUCUCAUUGCUCUAGAAAAAUUGUCUCAAGUUAAAGACAAUAAAGAUAGGAUUAUGCAGACGGACAUCACACACAGACUCCAAGAACUGGAAUGCUUUUACGCAUCAGAUGAUUAUAGAAAACGACAGGUUGGAUUUCUAUCACAGUGGUUGCUCGACAACAUUUUCUUAGCGGAAGGAAGGUCUUGCACGUACGAAACAGUGGACGUUCGAAACAUCAAUGCAAUGUUGAAUGAUAACGAUGUCAGUGAAUACCUGAAAUUAUCAGCCGACGGCCUCGAAGCCAGAUCAGACGCCCCAUCCUUCGAAUCGGUUCGUUGCACUUUCUCCGUCGAUCGUGGAGUUUGGUUUUAUGAGGUUACCGUGGUUACGUCUGGUGUGAUGCAAAUUGGUUGGGCGACGAAGCAUAGCAAGUUUCUGAACCAUGACGGAUUUGGUAUUGGCGAUGACGAGUUUAGCUACGCCUACGAUGGUUGUAGACAAUUGUGCUGGUAUCAGGCUCAGUCUCACCCACAUUCGCACCCAAGUUGGAAGGAGGGUGACACCCUGGGUUUGCUUCUUGAUAUUGAUAACUUAGAGACUGUGUUUUACCUGAACGGCAUUCCCCUACCCCCAAGUAAAAAUUUAUUCAACAUAGCGAAGAAUGGGUUUUUCGCUGCAGCAAGUUUCAUGUCGUUUCAACAAUGUAGGUUUAAUUUUGGAUCUGAACCGUUUAGGUUUCCCCCCACAGAUCGAGAAUUCUCGACAUUUAAUGACGUUGCGAUCCUUGGCGAAUCCGACAAAACAAUUCUUCCGAAACACUUGAAGUUGAAAGCGCUUUUGCAACAAAGAACUUCUUUUCGAGACGAUCAUUGCACUAUAUGUUGUGAUAACGAGGCUGACACCACUUUGAUGCCUUGUGGCCACGAUGGCAUAUGCCACGACUGCUCACGUCAGAUAAGUCAAUGCCAUCUUUGCAGGCAAACCAUCCAGUCAAGGAAAACUGCAGAAAAAACUCUGGACCCCAAUAUGGCCUAAUGAAUAAUGAUGUCUUCAUACUAACUGUCUGUUUGAGAUUAUGCUAUUCAUAGAGAGUGACCCAGAAAAACAGCUAAUUUGGAACGUAUUUUAGAGAAAAUGCAACUUUUGCGCAGCAAAGCGUCCUUGAUUAAUGAAACUUUUUGGUAUAAUCAUACAGAACCAGAAGUUUAAUUGUUGAAUAAUUUUCUUCAUUUUUAAAGAAGCAAUGAAAUAAUUUGCAAGUCUGUAUUUUUUGGUCACUCUGUAUAUCAGUGCUUUGUUGAAAAGUUCCAAAUGGCUUUUGUGUACAGAAUCUCCAAAACAAAUCGAGUAAUCGAAUAUUUUCAAUAUUGGUUUAUUGUUGUUAGUUUUUGAUUUAGAAAUAAUUCACACAUACUCUGUACCAAGACUGUCAGGUCAAGUGUAGCUGGGGCACCAGGUCUAGUCCAAAUGCCGGUAACUUUAAAACUUUGAGUCUCAAGUCAAUUUGUGUCCAUUCUAAUCCCCAAGUGUGACUGAGUCAAUUUAGUUCCAACUGAAAAUAUUCAAAGACUACCCUAAAAUGAUAUAUUUUCGGAGAUAAUACAUUUCUGAUCAAUUUGGGGAUCUUUGUACAUAGUCAGUGCACUAAUUAUCAUAGGCUUCUUUAAGAACUCCAACUUGCUUGAAGACCAUAAAAACUACAACUCACUCAGAUUUGAAGAACUCCACUCUGUGAACGAAUUCAACAGUAUACCGUAAUGGUUGUAUAAAUUUGGCACAAAUCAAAUUUAUUAGUGUUAGCUAUGUUUACAUCAGAAAACCUGAAAUUUCAACGUUGUUUCACCUAGAAUGUUAUAAAUAAAGUAGGCAAUGCCGAACCGCAGAUCUCAGUAUUAUUAAAAUACAAUGGCAGGUUACCUAACCCAGGUUGAUUAUGGAGAGUGAAAUGCAUGUAAAUAUGUCAUGCAAAAUAUAUGUAUGAAAGAAUGGUGAAAAAAUUUUCUUUUGCUCCUCCUUCCAAAAAAAAAGCAUUUCAUAAUUUUUCUUGAAUAAGAACGGAGCAGUUGCAUCAUCUUGAUGCUGCUCGAACUCCGCCUUGUGUACAUAUCAUCAGUAUUAUUGUUCUUUGCACUUUUUUCUUAUUUUCUUUGCUUCAUGGAAAAGCAUAUUCUUGAUAUUUCACUGCGAGAUUUAUUCUAACAUGUUUAAUAGAGCUGGGAAUUUUAGUGAAUAAAACUCCUGCCAGCCACAUAAAAUUGAACGGUUGCAUUGAAUAUUUUGACAGUUGUUGAAAUGAAUUGUAACUGUUAACCAUAUUAUUAAAGUGGUUAAAUAUUCCCAGCCCUACCAUCCAACAACUACUACAGCCAAUGCAGCAUGGUAAGAAAUGUAUUUAUUGCCGCAGUAAGACCAGAAGCUCAUUUCACAUUUUUGAGGAAACUUCUUGUGUAAUUAUGGACAUGGGCAAACUAUGACCUGCGGGCCAAAUUCGACCUUGAGAUAAUCCAAUCUGGCCUUCCUGAUGAAGCCACAAACUAAAACCAAAUUUUGAUCUUGCAACAUAAAAAGAACUUAAGGAAUCUUUUGAGAUUGCAAUUUAAUUUAGUGUGGCACGAGGUUUAUUGUUUCCCACUUUUGCCUCUGUAACAAUCUGUGUAUAUUGUUCAUAAAAUGUAACUUUUUACGCCACACUUACAUGGCCCGCCAGUCUAGGUCUGCAAAAUUUUGGCCCUGGUCCAAAAACCUUGCCCAGUAGGCUUGGCGCAUCCCUUGGUCUGGGUUUAUGAUUGACUGUUCCAACCGAACUGAUAUAAAUAUGACACAACCUUGAAAUGUGUCCUUGACUAAUUCUGGUUUUACAGCGGCGAUAAAUAGGGUGUCCAUAAAGUCUCAAAAUUUUUUGAAAUUGCAAAGGGAAUUUAUCGAUUUAAUAUAUUGUUUUGGCACUGAUUAAAAACAACAAACCUGGUCAAGAUAUUUUGAGAACUGACUUCAUAACCAAAUAGAAAUUGUGAAUAGACUUUAUGGACACCCUGUAUAGCUUUGAGAAUGUGAGCGGAACCAACCUAUCGGCACUCUUUCCACUUUUAUCUGAGUGUGCCAAAUAUGGAAGAUAACACUGCUACCUUCUGAGUGUUCUGUUUCUUUGAAAUGGAUACCUAUUCAUGCCAUUUCACACUUCAGUGCACAAAAAGUUUUAAACGUUUCUGCCUAGCUUGUGUUUACUGAACUUUUUCUUUUAUGCUAUAUGUAAGUUUUGCUUUUUAUAUUCCACUAAAUGGUGAAAUCUUCCUAAAUUUUGAAUCUCCAUUGUCAAAGUAGUCAAAGGAUUUAUAUUUCGAAAUAUUUUUAAAAGUGUAAAUCUGAUCCAUCCUUGACUUAAACCGGGAAAUGUCAAUUCAAAAACCUUCUAUUUAAAAUACUCGCAUGUUAUUUGAUUUCAAGCAAGUCAACUGGCAAUUUUACUAUGCUUCAUAUCUACAAAGAUUAUCGACUUAUUCUGUAUCAUGAAAUUUUUCUUAAUUUUGUGUCGCAUCAUGUAUUUCACAUUAUAUAAAAGUAGUUUUUGCUAACCAUGUUGUUUGAGCUGAAAUUUCGGUACUCUGGUAGCAUACGAAUCAAGAUGGCGGACACUGCAACGUAGUAUGUGUAGAAAAUUGGAACAAAAUUAUGGCUUAACCCUAAACUGGUACACAUACUACGUUCCGGUGUCUGCCAUCUUGGUUCGCAUACUACAGUAGUACCGAAAUCAAGAGUGGGGGAAUCUGUGAUAUUAUUUCAAUGAGGACAGUCAAUUUGGUGGUUUGGUAAUAUUGUUAUGUCACCGGGUUAAGGUAUAACUU